UGCCAGAGCAGCUCUGCUCCACCUUGCUCUGAAGUAUCAUAUGGGAGCUAUGAAUAUUUUAAAUAGCAACAAAAUAAUAAAUGAAGAAACUGAAAUUGCAUUACUUAUAAAUUUCGUUGAAAAUGGAGUUCACGAAUUACCAUUUUGUGUACAAAAUAUAUUAAAUGGGCAAUAUGAAGAUGUUAUAAAUAAUGAAUUACCUUUAAGUGUAAUUCAAGCAUCACAUAAUAAUAAUGAUUUUCCUAAGUUGCUACACAGUAGCAUUGAAAAAGGGGAUAUACAAUCUUGGCUAUAUAAAGGCAUAGCUUCUUUAUUAUAUUUUAUUCAGUGCAAUUGGACAGGUCCACAAAUUGAUACAAAUAUUGAAUGGUUAAAGAUUAAAAAAGAAGAUGCACUUAUGGAUUUAUCCUUACAUGAUGAAUGCAAUGUAAAUGUUAAAAUGCCAGAACUACUUUAUCUUUCUAAAAUAAUAUUUUCUAAUGAAAUUUUACAAAAUACUUACAAAAGUAGUAUUUGGUGGUUAUUUAGAACAAAUCUUUUACAUCAACUUAUAUUAAAUGAAAGCUCUGGUAUUUUAUUUGAUGAAACAGAGCAGUUGAUGAAAGAAAUUAAUGACUUACAGUUAUUGAAACAAAAUUUUUAUUGUGCAACUUUAUUUUAUAUUGAAGCUGCACAAUUUUACUUUUAUUAUAGAAGAAUUCAAAAUUCAGAAAAGUAUGUGGAGCUUGCUCAGGAAACAGCAAAGUUAAGUUUAAACCUUGAAGGUGCAUUAGGUAAACGUACAAAAUAUCAGCAAGAAGACAAAGCACAAUUAUUUUUAAGGAUAAGCAUAGGAAAAAAUCAGUUUCCUUCUAGAUGUUGUACAAAUUUACCAAAAUCUCUAAAAUUGAAUGAUGAUAUUAGAUUAGAUCAUAUCAAGUUUACAGAACAGAUACAAAGCACACAAUUAUGUUUCUAAAAAAAAUUAUAUUCUACUGCAAAUUUUAUUUUUAAUAGUAUUCAAUUGCAAUUGUCACAGCCAAAAGAUAAAUUGACAGAUGAAGAAGUUAAACCCUAUUUAGAUGUUGUAACAGAAAAUACAAAAAAUUGGUGUUUAAAAAUUACAUCCCUAUAUUAUCGAUGUUCUUUGGAAUCUGGUGAUAAAAGAACUGUUGAACGAUCAAUGAUGCAAAUAGAGCACUUAAUACAUGAGUUAAGCAAUAAACAAGUUCCUGUUGCUCACAAAAUGGACUUAUUCUUUGCCAGUGGCCUUAAACCAGUUUGGGCUUUAGAAAAAAUGUGGGCACAAUUGAUGUUAAGUCUGGGAUUGGUAAAAGGUGCUUUAGAUAUUUUUUUAAAGCUUCAGCUGUGGGAAGAAGUUAUUAGCUGUUACAAUAUAUUGGAAUUGAAACAUAAAGCAGCAGAAAUAAUUCGUCAAGAGAUAUCCAAAAAACCAACAGUUCAAUUAUGGUGUUUGUUGGGUGAUGCAACUCAAGAUCCUAGUCAUUAUGAGACAGCAUGGAAAUUGUCUAAUGAAAAAAGUAGUCGAGUUCAAAGACAUUGGGGAUUUUUUUAUUUUGUAAAGAAAAAUUAUGAAGAAGCUAUAAAACAUUUAAAAUUAUCAGUUCAAUUAAAUAAUAUUCAAGAAAGCGUUUGGAUAAGACUUGGAUUCGCUGCUUUGCAAACAGAAGAUUGGAAAUUAGCAGCAACAGCAUAUAAACGUUACUGUGCUCUAGAACAAUCGACAUUCGAGGCGUGGAAUAACUUGGCAACAGCUUACAUUAAACUAGGUGAUAAAGGAAAAGCUUGGAAAUCUCUUCAAGAUGCUAUAAAAUGUAAUUACGAUCGGUGGCAAAUUUGGGAUAAUUUAAUGAUUGUCAGCAUCGAUUUAGGACAUUUUUCAGAAGUAAUUCGAUGUUAUCAUCGUAUUUUAGAUCUUAAAAGCCAUCACUUAGAUAUACAAAUUCUUAAUAUACUAACCAGUGCUGUACUAAAUAAUAUAAAUGACUCAGAUGGAAAUUCUGCACAAAAAUUACUUCCAAAAAUUUUAGAAUUAUUUGGAAGAAUUUGUUCCAUCAUACCUAAUAAUUCUGAUAUUUGGAAAAUGUACGCAGAACUUACUGCUCUUAAAAAAACAGAUGUUGACAAUGACAAAGUAGUACAAUAUAUACAAAAAGCACAUUGCAUUGCUGUAUCAGAUCCUAAGUGGUUUCAGCACGAAGAAUCAGUCGAAAAAAUGACAUUUGCAGGAAAAGUUGUACUAAUAACUGGAGCUAGUUCUGGUAUUGGAGCAGCAACAGCUAUACAUUUUUCAGAACUUGGUGCAUUGCUAUCAUUAACAGGUCGUAAUGUGCAAAAAUUAAAUGAAGUUGCUGAAAAAUGUACAUCCAAUAAACCAUUAAUUAUAACUGGAGAAUUAACUAAUGAAACUAAUGUUAAGAACAUUAUUGAGUCCACUAUCAAACAUUAUGGUAAAUUAGAUAUUCUAGUUAAUAAUGCUGGUGUGUUAGAAAUUGGAAGCAUAGAAAACACUUCAUUAGAACAAUAUGACAGAGUUUUCAAUAUAAAUGUACGUUCAGUGUAUCAUUUAACAAUGUUAGCUGUUCCACACAUAGUAAAAGCUAAAGGCAAUAUUGUGAAUGUAUCCAGUGUAGUUGGAUUAAGAUCAUUUUCAGGAGUCUUAUCAUAUUGCAUGAGUAAAUCAGCCAUUGAUCAAUUUACACGAUGUAUAGCACUUGAACUUGCACCAAAACAAGUGAGGGUAAAUGCUGUAAAUCCAGGUGUAAUAGUAACAAACCUGCAUCAAAAUAGUGGAAUGUCAGAUGAACAAUUAAAAGCAUUUUUUGAGCACAGUAAAGAAACUCAUGCCCUUGGCAGACCAGGAAAUGCUAGUGAAGUUGCAAAAGCAAUUGCAUAUUUGGCAAGUGACGAUGCCAGUUUUAUUACAGGUGAAACUCUAUCUGUAGAUGGAGGAAGACAUGUUAUGUGUCCUCGUUAA